AUGCUUCUGUUGUUGGCUGUUGUAAUUAUUGGACAAGCUGUUGCAUUUUCUGAAGUUAUCUUUGAACCUUUACCAGCUUUGAAUGGGAGUACAAGAGUAGUGAAAGCUGGUUUAGAAAGACGUUAUGUGCCACUGGGAAGACACUUUGUUUUCGAGUGCGAAGUAUUAGAUAUUGUUUAUACAAAUGGUUAUCAAGUUUUGGAUUAUGCAUGGGUAGCAAUAUACGGCACAUUAAAGCGUCGGACUGUGCUCCCAAGAGAUCCAGAUGAUUAUACAAAUUUAAAUAGCAGUUUGACAGACUGGAGAUUACUGUACAAAAUCAACUGGUUGGGUAUGUUGUGCAAAGAAGCCACGAAGGAUUUUAUGAGUGUCACGUUCGAACCAAUGACAACACGGAAUGGGUAUACCGGUACGAACUUAGAUUGCUCGGAUACGGAUAAUAUAUCAGUCAAUCCAUUAAAUCCUUGCGCAUUUGGACACUGCUUCGUGGAGUCUCUUAAAUAUCCCUUUUUUAUUCAGUAUUUGACUUGCAGAUGUGUUAGACAGUACACUGGAGAGUACUGCGAUAUUUUGAUUGAAGGCGGGAUAUACAUCGAGCUGUUACAUUUUUCUCCGUUUGCGAUACAUAUGUUUUCAGUUGUUCUUUUGUUCAUAUAUGGAUGCUGUAUUCAACCAAGAAUAUGGACUUCUACAAAAGUGUCAUUGUGUAAUACUGUGACACAGGUAGCGCCACCUGGUGUCCAUGCGCUGUAUCGGAUUGCAUUCAACAAUGGGUUGGAUUUCCAGGUCAAAAUGCGACGGCGUCCAUUUAAGAGGAACAUAAACGAAUUGGAAUGGGAGCGGUGGAGAGAGAGGCGAGUUAAAAGGGGACGAAAAGCUGGUGGUGCAACUCCCUUAUCUUGUUUUAAGAAUUAUUAUUUGAGAGGUUUUUGCUGCGUUGUCGUGUAG